AUGCAUUCCUACAUUCGCCCCAAUACGCACGUGGCUCUGCGGCUCCCGUCGGGCCUCUUCAAGAUUGUCGAGACCACCCCGAAUACUACCAUAAAUCUUGGAAAAUUCGGCACCUUCAACUCGAACCUCAUCCUCGGACGGCCCUACUAUCUUACCUAUGAGCUCCUCGACAAAGACGACGGCAAAACUCAGACUGAACUGCGCGUUGUUCCUGCCUCUGAACUCCAUGCUGAAGCUCUCGGCAGUGACCAUGCGCCCAGCGCUGACACUGGUGACGAUGUAGCCGAGGCUGGUGCGGGCUUCGAUAUUGUGGGAGAAGAUGGUCAGGUCAUAAUGCGCAAUAAUCGCUUAACAAUUGACGAUGCUUCACGCCAGCAAUUGUCCAUGGCUGAAAUUGAGGAGCUGAAGAAAGCUGGUACCGGGUCUGGUAAAGAAAUUAUUGCCAAGAUCAUGGCCUCUCACAAUGCCAUUGACGAAAAGACGAGCUUCUCUUUGGCCAAGUACACGCUGCGAAAAUCAAGAAAGUACAUGAAGCGCUUUACUGCCUUGCCCAUGGAUGUCGGUCUGCUUACUGAGUACGUUUUGGAGAAGGAAGCGUACAAAAUCAUGGAGCUGAGGGAAGACCUACUGGGUUUGAUCAACAGCUGGGCCAAUGUCCACUCUGGAGAAACGAACCAGAUUAUCAUUGGCGAAGACGGUGUCAGUCAGAUAGGAGGAGGGCGAUGGCUUGUCGUGGACGAUACCGGAGGCUUGCUCACCGCAUCACUUGCUGAGAAAAUGGGAAUCCUGUAUCCCGACGACGAGAACGACGAAUCUGACUCAGAAGAGGACGUUGCAACUCCAGAAGGGGCCGAAAAUGGGACCGCAGCAACAACGGAUGCCCCACAACCCAAAGAUGAGGACAUCGCUAUGCCUGAUGCUGAUGGAGAGGCUACCUCCGCAUCAAAUCCUACAAACACUACUGACCCUUCGACAACUGCAGCCCCUUCAGAACCUCCUCCAAAGCCAAGGAAGCCACCGCGGCCCCAUAUUCCCCAAAUGUCUGCGCGUACUAAUACCCUCACCGUCCUGCAUCCUAACAAUCAACCAAACCUCUCCUAUCUCAAGUAUUUCGGCUACGAUUAUGGCGCACCCACUGUUUCGCAUCCGCUGUACAAGCACCUUAAAUCAUUAUCAUGGCUUUCACUACUCCAUCCUGAGGAUGACCCAUCCUAUGAUGAACCAGAAGUAAUAUCUGAAGAUGUCCUUGCAACGAUGAAGUCCACAAAGCGAGGAACGUAUUACAAAAAGCGAAGAAGAUGGGAACGCGUUAAGAGUGUCGUUGACGAGACGCGCCAAGGUGGCUUCGAUGGCUUGGUCGUCGCUACAGCUAUGGAUGCAAAGACUGUACUGAAAGAACUGGUCCCUCUUGUCCGCGGUGGUGGAAGGGUAGUCGUCUAUAAUCCCAAUGUCGAGCCUCUAGUUGAGCUAUGCGACUACUACUCGAAAGAGCGCCGUGCAGCCUACAUAGCACGAGAAUUCGGAUCUGCACCACAGACCAAUGGGCACAAGGCAAAGUCUGAAGAUGAAACAGAGACGAAUGGUAGUACCACAGAGGCUAGUAAUGAAGACGACGAUUUCCCGCUGAACCCGACUUUGCUGCUUGCGCCAUCGCUGCAGACUGCGCGCGCAAGGCAAUGGCAAGUUCUCCCUGGGCGCACCCAUCCCAUGAUGACGAGCAAGGGUGGCGCCGAGGGUUACUUGUUCACUGCUACCCGUGUCUUGCCCAUUGAGGGUAGAGUCGAGGCGCGCGGACACCAUGGUAAGAAGAAGAGGAAAGUUGGAGAGAAUGAGCAGGUAGCUGUGGAGGCGUAG